CACCAAAACCUUUUCUCCUCAAUUUUCAUACGAUGAUCUUCAUAUGGCGAUCCUCGACACAAACUCCAGCCGUUGGAUCCUCUUGUUCUUGCUCUUCCUCCAUUACGCACCGUACGGAUCCGGUCAGACCACACCGCCUGUACCGCAAACGAAAGCCAACGACCCAGUUGUUAUAGUGAUCACGGUUAUGUUCUUCGUCAUCUUCGUCAUGGUCUUCGGUUCCAUCUUCUGCCGUCGAAGCACGGCGUCGUUUUACCCGCGGCCUUCAAAUUUCCGAUCCACCGACGCCGACGCCGAAGCCCGCAUGGUCAGAAUCAGGAGGUCGGCGGCGCGUGGACUCAACGCCGAGACCAUCGAGUCGUUUCCGACGUUUGUCUACUCGGAAGUGAAGGCGGUGAGGAUCGGGAAAGGAGGCGUCGAGUGUGCGGUUUGUCUCUGCGAAUUCGAUGACGACGAAACGCUGCGUUUGAUGCCUCCUUGUUGCCACGUGUUUCACGCCGAUUGCGUCGACGUCUGGCUCUCCGAUCACUCCACGUGUCCUCUCUGUAGAGCGGACCUCGUCCUGCAACAAGAGCGUGGUGAUACUGAUAGCUACUUGGUUUCGGAUCCGGGUACGGUUUCGUCGGGUUCGGAUCGUGAGAGAGGGGUUUUGGAAUCAUCGGACGCGCAUUUGCUGGACGGAGUGACGUGGACGAAUAGCAACACAACGCCUCGGUCAAAGUCAACGGGAUUGGCCAGCUGGCGAAUCACCGGAAUCUUGUUCCCGAGAUCUCACUCGACCGGUCAUUCGCUGGUUCAACCGACAGGGGAUCUCGACCGGUUUACGCUGAGGUUACCGGAUGAUGUACGGAGGCAACUGACGAAGACGAUGACGAUUAGACACGUGGCGUUACCUCAGGCGAGGAGUUCAAGGAGCGGUUACAGAAGCGGUAGCGUCGGGAGCGAGAGAGGCGUUUACUCGUACGGGAGGAAGAUGCGGCUGCAUUCGCUCUCUUUCUCCUUCUCUUUCCGGAGUGGUUCCGUACGGUCUGCUUUCGGCGGUGAUGCGGUGGCUCCGCCGAAAAAUUUUCCGGCAUCAAGUGAAUAUGGUGAACGGUCUUUCGAACGGCUCCGACCAGAUGAACGAGUGUAAAUAAGAUUUUUUUUUGUUUUUUUUCUAACCUAUUCAAUUGUUUUUUGUGAUUUAAUGUUACGCCUC